UGUGCACUUGUUCCUGUACGAUGAAAACAAAUAAGCUUCUAUGCGUGAAUAAAAGAUAGUACAUAACAUUACAUGUUAUAUAGAGACCGUAUUGUGUUUUUAAUACAUUCUGCAAAAUUGAUGUUACCAGUUAUCUUGGGAAAUAUAUACAAAUAUAACAUAUAUAGAUCAUUCUCGUAAAAUACAAGGUAUCUAGAUUUUGAAGCGAGAAGUAGAAUGAUAUAAAAAGAACAGUUUGAUCGAUCUUAACUGUCAUAUUAAUUCAACUAUGGAUCUAUCGUUAGUGCCAGAAAUUUUUAUUAUUAUUUUUACUUUGAUUGUUAUUGUCGCGCUGGUGUUGCUAUGUAUGUCCGCACAACACAAAUGCUCAGUAACUUUUAUCAGCAUUCUUAUUGUUGAAUAUGCAUUUGAAGUGCUCCGUUUUUUAUAUUUUGUUAAAAUUUACUGGAAUAGAACAGAUUUUUUCUUGUUUGGUCUUCCUAUCAGAAGUAUGCCUACAGUUUCGAUGAUGUGUUCCGUACUACUCGGCACAAUUAUAUUAUCAUCCGUUUCAUUUAAAAAAUCGUUAGUAAAAGUCUUCUGUUUGAAUUACUUCUUUUUAUCGCUUAUAUUAAUUAUUAUAUGGAAUAAUUUCUUGGCGACAUGCUUGAUUGUUGAACAUCCUGACCAAACCAAACAAAUCUCCUGUGAGUCCUACCUGGAAGAUUCGAACCUCAUGGAUUACUACCAAUGCAUCAACGAUGAGUCAAGGAGUAAAUUACAUAUCUUUAACAAACCCCGACUUAAUACAGCUUUCUAUUGCUUUGAGAAUCGAACACCAUGGACUAGCAGUUACUUUCUCGAAUUUUUGCUAUUAUGCGUCCCGUCUUUUGCAGUACUUUAUGACAAAUUAUACAAAACGUCUUCAUUUUCAGAACUGAAGAAUUCUCCUUCAAAAGAAACAUGUUCCAUCUGUCGUUUCAACAUUUCACUUUUCAACCAUACAAUGGCCCGCGCCCUCUUUAUAAUUUGGUGCGUUAGACCGGCUUUUUUUUUAUUUAUUGCAUCCGGAUCUUUUCGUGCUACAUCUAUUUAUAUUGACUCAUUUAUCAUGAUAUCAUCAGCGACAUUUUUUAUUCUGGUUUUGAUUGACAUUCUAAAGUUCUAUCUUUUUCAUAAAAUAGACUUUAUGGUUGAUAAUGAAAGUGAAUAUAACGGCGUCAUUAAAAACUGUGGUCAACAAAAAGAGAAAUCCCUAGAUUGUGAGCAAAUUGAAUGCUAAGAAUAAGUUGUGAGCUAUAUGAAUGCUUAAAAUAGAUUUUGAGCAAAAUCAAUGCUUAGAAAAAAAUAACUUUCGGCAUGAUUUAGAUGUUAUAAGCAAGAACGUAACGCUUCCGUUGGUGCAUAAUAAGAAUUUUGAGUAUUAUAGAAAUAUAAAUAUAUAUAUAUAUUCACGUAUCCAUCAAAUAGUUUGUGCUUAUUUUCAUACCAAACGAUAUUGUGUCUAGUUGACUCGGUAUAAAUUGGAUGAGUAAUGUUAGGAAAAAAAGUAUAUUGUUUUCUUUUCAAGAGGUAUAUUUUAGCGGUUUUUAAUUAUUAGUACUCUAAGAUCUUGGUAUCUUAGAUAAGCAAUCUAAACAGUUCAUGGUAAAGCUCCUUUAAUAUAAUGAUCCUAUUGUAUUAUUUGUCAAAUAAUAAAUAAAAAAAAGCACAUUUACUUGCCUUUUACAUAGUAUAUAUAAAUUAUACACUACAAGCAAUGUAAAAUUGAAUCAUUUUAAUUACCUGUUUGUCAAACUAAAAAUUGAUUUUUAAUUUCAAAAAACGAAUUUUGUCACCAUAACAUCAUUAAUUAUGUUUUCAUAUAAUGGUAGCCUUGUGCAAAUUAAUGGGAUUUUUUAUGACAGAAUUGACUAGUUUAAGCAAAAAUGUACACUCAGAGCUUAGAGAUAUUUAACUGUGGAAGGUGGAACAUAACGUGGAAAAUGUGUAUAAUAUCAUUCUUUUGUUGUUAAUAUUUGACAUGUAUUAAGUUUGAACUGUAUUAUUGAGUAUUAUUUUUUUUU